AAAGAAAAUAAAAGAAAAAACAGAAUAAAUCUGUUUCGGAUGAAUGAACGAAUUCGUCUGACACAACUUAGCGUGACCAGCCAGCACUACGCAGCUGCGAGGAAACUUUCCGCUAUGGGCGGAAAUAAAUUUCAAGAUGUAACAACCAUUCUUUUCGAUUUGGACAAUACGCUUAUAAACACUAAAGGUGCAGAUCAAGUAGCUUGUGAGCAGGUUUCACAGUACCUACAAAGUGUCGGAGUUCGCCGUUCCACCGCGCAGGAUGUAGCUGGGAAGUUCUAUCAUUUUGUCCGCGACACUCCGCAGAACCCUGGCGACGAAGAUGGCGACGUGGAUGCUUGGCGUCUUCUCUUAUGGAAACAGGCCCUGGGACCCGGGCUGGCGACCCGGGCUAUGGACUGUUACUCACGCUGGCGCGAGGUCCGAGCUUGUCACUUGCGCCUGUCUCCCGAAAUCCACGAUUUCCUUCUGCAGUUGAGGCAGCACUAUAAAUUGGGCGUGGUCACUAACGGUCCCUCCUCCAGUCAAUGGGAGAAAAUUCGUCGAGUUCCUUCCAAUCUUUUCGAUGCCAUUGUCGUCUCAGGAGAUAUUCACCAAAAGAAACCAUGCCCCGCCAUCUUCGAAGAGGCAUUCCGACGCCUGGACUCCGCUGCGGAGGAGUGUGCUAUGAUAGGAGACCGACUAGAUACAGACAUUGCAGGAGCGCAGAAUGCCAACUGCGGCGUCACCGUACUACUGUGUCCUGAUGGCACUUUCUGUAGAGAGGAGGAUGGACCUCAACCCGACUAUGUCAUUUCUCACCUCAGGGAGUUGCUGGAUCUGUUACCAGACAGGAAAGGGUUUUCAUUCCUUUGUCAGAACAGGACUCUAAACGUGUUUCACAGCUUGAGGGAAGAUGUCCCAGCCUGGAACAUCAGCUGAAGGACAUGUGAAUUUAGGGCCUCCAUGAUAGAGGACAAUGGCUUUGCUAUAGUGUAGAAAUAAAAAACAGGAUAAGA